GUUUGACCCUUUUAUCGCCAGUAGCUCUCUAGCCUCCGCCGCGAACACACGCCUCCCUAUUAAAAAUAAUGUACUAAAAUUAAUCGCGAAAAAUGGAACACAAUAAUUUAGAUAAAACGAUGUCUUCGACUCCUAUGCUGCCUAAAGAGAAUGGUGAUGAAAAAAUGGUGAUUAUUACUCCAAGUAAUGGGGUAGGGAAGAUUUUGAUAAGAGAGGAUACAAUUUUGACGAAUUUGCACGGCUGUGCGGGAUGUGGUAGGAGUCAGUUUACUUGUGGGGGGGUGAAAAGCCAGUGGUCGGUUCUAUGUUGGGGAAAACAGCCGGAAAAGAAGUAUUAUUGUUUAUUACUGUUAAUAUCUACAACGUUCGUGCUGAGUAUGAUCGGGACGAUAUUCUUCUGUUUUACGAAUACAAUCAACGAUGCUAUUUUGUCUAGCAUGGUAAUCCGAAACAAUUCACUGGCGUACAAGAUCUGGAGGCGGCCUGAUGUCCAGCCGUUGAUGAAGGUCUACCUCUUCAACUAUACUAACUGGGAACAGGUGAAGGAUCGGGAGGAGGAGAAACUGAAGGUUGAGGAGGUUGGGCCUUAUGUUUACUCACAACAGUUAGAGCGAGUAAACAUAGAAUUCAACGGGGACAAACUAAGUUUCCAAGAGAGAAAUCAUUUUCAAUUCCUAGCUGACAAGAGUAAUGGCGCCCAUUUUGACCGAGUCGUUGUGCCAAACCUGCCUUUAUUGGGUGUAAUCUCGAAAGCCGUGAGCAUGGAUAUAAAUAGUAUCGCUCAGAUUACUCUGAGUUCUGUCAUGAGCUAUGCCAACCACCCCGAAGCUUUCCUGACUCUUCCAGUGCACAGGUUUCUUUGGGGGUACGAUGACACCAUCAUAGACACUGCGAAACCCUUCCUAAGUCUUGGAGGACAGCUGAAAUUCGAGAAGUUUGGUCUUCUUGUUACGAAAAACGGCACUGUAUCUGAACGUUUUACAAUCAACACUGGUGAGAAUGAUAAAGACAGGAUGAAUAUCAUUGAAGAAUUUGAUGGCCACGACCAUCUCUCAUUUUGGGGAAGCACGGAAUGCAAUAGUAUCGAGGCGUCAGACGGUUCAAUAUUCCCUCCUUCUCAACUGGAUAGGAAUAGAACUCUGCACGUGUUCUAUCCCAACCUGUGUAGACGGCUGCCUUUCCAAUACGAAAAGACCGUUGAGAUCUCAGACGGCAUAGAACUCUACCGCUACAGAAUGCCACUCGACGUGUUCGACGAUCCGGAACACAACCCUGAGAACCAGUGCUACUGUGAAAUAGACACGGCCACCUGUCCUCCUAGGGGCGUCAUUAAUGUGACUGAUUGUACUAUGGGAGCCCCAGCACUCGUAUCCUUUCCACACUUCUACCUGGCGGACCCUAAACUCCGCGAAGAUGUGAUUGGUCUGAAGCCUGACCCUCUCAAGCAUGACUCCUUCAUUGACUUGCAUCCGACCCUCGGCAUCGCUCUUAGUGGAAAAUCUAGCAUUCAAAUCAACAUACAAGUGAGGAAAAGCGACAUGUUUUCAUCUGUGAAAUAUCUCGACCAAGGACUUAUAUUGCCUGUGGCUUGGAUUGAAAUGGGUGUAGAAGAGCUACCAGAAAGCCUACGUUCCCUUGUCUACCACGGUACAUACUCUACAGCAGCCGCCCAACUAGGUCUCACAGUAAUAUGCGUAGUAGCUUUCAUAGGCUCCGGCAUAUGUCUUCUCUGCACCUUCGCUCGUAGAAAACAGAAGCCUUGCGCUACUCUAAAAGUUAAGAUACCUACGGAAACUGAGUUAAAAAGUCAGGCUUCAUGAGAUUGUGAAAAUUUAAAGUUUGUACUAAGUGUAUGAAUGAAUUGCUGUUUCAAAUUUCGGUAGCGGCCGGAUUUUAAUAUCAUAUCUAUCUAAACGUGGAUUUCAAUAACGGAUCCAUCCAUCUUGGUUCAGUAGAAGGUUGAAUUUUGUCAUUAACUUCAUAUAAAUGUCUUCAGUCUCUAUUAGUAAAACGAUGGAUAGAUCGGUUAUGAAAAUCUUUAAUUAAAGAUAGGAAUUUUUACAUAUUAGCCCCUUUCUAAUGUCAAAUUUCUAUCUCAAGUAAGCGAAUUCAUAAAUAGAUAUGUUAUUGAAGUCCGCCAUGAAAGAUUGUCGUGGCCAUAUUGAAUUAUCACUUGGCGCCAUUUUUGACGUUUCUUGCGCUUUAGUUUAAAUAGUGAAUAUAUGUCAUUAAUUAAUGUUUUUUUGCGAUUUAUUUACUACAUUGCUAUGGUAAAAAUGUUGAUAGUACUAAUUUUACGGUUUAAAAUAAUUACUAUUGAUUUAAAAGCAUAUAUAACGUCCACGAAGGCCGUCAACUCGAGUGAGGUAGUCAACAGCGAGUCUUUUUAAUUCUAACUAAUAUUAUAAAUGCGAAAGUGUGUUUGUUUGUUGUAUUUUUAAGAGAAAUAAAUGUGAACAGAUUUAGUCCCAUACAACUUAGUGUACUGUACAAUUUAUAUCUCUAGUUUGUUAAACAAUAGAUAGAUACAACAUUGGGAAUGAUAUUUAAUAGAUGUUAAAUGAGAUUCUGAAGCCAGUCAUAGACAAGUUUUUUAUUCUUCUGGGAAAAAAUCAUCAGAAAAAGUUUUGGUUAAUCCGUGGGAAACGAAACAGCUCUUAGAAAAUACAUAUUAUAUAUAUUUUUAUUUAUUACAAUCAAAUUAAUAUUAAUGUUUUAAUAUUUUCUUUAUCAAUAGCAGGCAUAUUAUAGGAUUAUAGGUAUAUUUUAUGUUUCUAUAUCUGAAGUAGAUCUGUUUUCAUACCAAAACAUUAUGAUAAGAUUUUUUUUAUAAAAUGUAUAUUUUUAUUGGUUAAUAAUAGAAUAUUGUAUCUACAUUAAAUUAGGAUUUAAGUGAACAAAAAUGACAUAUUUUUAUAUUAAAAUAACAAUAUUGCCGUUUAUUUUGCUUAGUGAAAUACUUUUAUAUUAGAUAUAUUUAUAGUUUUGUUUGAAAUGUAAGAACUUAUGUGAUCUGAUUGUAAAUGAUUGAAUUUAAUAUAAAAUAGAUUUUAGGCGGGACAGCUGAACGUUUACUAUUAAGUUUUAUUUUUUAUAUAAAAAAAAUCGUUAAGUUGCAUCAUUCAACUAUAACGAUAACCGAACCAUUUUCAGUUGUCAAAUCGCCGAUGUGACCAAUGGGCGGCAAGUAUACGGCUGGUUAUGGUUUGGUUAUCGUUAUAGUUAAAUGGUGAAACUCUCUAUGUAGGCAUAAUUUUUAAGGAUUUGAAUCUCCAGACAAAAGUAAAAUCAUACAAACGAAAAUAUACCUUUAGAUAACAAAUAUUUUGUGAGUUGACAGCUGUCAAUUUUGCAUUUUUUAUACUAACUGACAGGACUGUCAACUGCACUGAAAAACGGUAAGACCUUAUAUUGGUGUAUGAUGUAUAAUAGUUAUGCUACUCACCACUGGAUGGCACUGUUUUCUACU